UUUCUCUGUUUGUUGUGGAGAGCUGCGUGCGGGGAGUAGUUCGGGUUACGGUUCACAAAAAAGUGUUUUUAUUUUUCUGAAGAUAUACAGAUUAGUGGUUGAAUACCACUGCCUGACAGAGGAGAAAUACCGUUUUUGUUACAGAAAAGGAAGCUCUGCAGGUCGCAGAUAUUGAUCUGAAGGGAGAAGAUGGCUAACCAGGCUGAUUUGAUGGAGCUUGACAUGGCCAUGGAGCCAGACCGUAAGGCAGCAGUUAGCCACUGGCAACAGCAGUCCUACUUGGAUUCUGGUAUCCACUCUGGAGCUACAACCACAGCACCUUCUCUGAGUGGGAAAGGCAAUCCAGAAGAGGAGGAUGUUGACAAUCAAGUCCUGUAUGAAUGGGAGCCGGGUUUCACGCAGUCUUUCACGCAGGAUCAAGUUGCUGAUAUUGAUAGCCAGUAUGCCAUGACCCGAGCCCAGAGGGUACGGGCUGCUAUGUUCCCUGAAACUCAGGAUGAAGGAAUGCAGAUACCUUCCACACAGUUCGAUGGUGCACACCCUACUAAUGUCCAACGUUUGGCUGAACCAUCCCAGAUGCUGAAGCAUGCUGUGGUCAAUCUUAUCAAUUAUCAGGAUGAUGCCGAACUGGCAACACGUGCCAUCCCAGAGUUGACCAAGCUUUUGAACGAUGAGGACCAGGUUGUUGUAAACAAGGCUGCAGUUAUGGUCCAUCAGCUGUCUAAAAAAGAAGCCUCCCGUCAUGCCAUCAUGCGCUCACCCCAGAUGGUGUCCGCCAUUGUGCGCACCAUGCAAAACACAAAUGAUGUUGAGACUGCACGCUGCACAGCUGGAACUCUCCAUAACCUUUCACACCAUCGUGAGGGCCUGCUUGCCAUCUUCAAGUCGGGAGGUAUCCCUGCCUUAGUGAAGAUGCUGGGAUCGCCAGUUGACUCUGUAUUGUUCUAUGCCAUUACAACUCUUCAUAACCUACUCCUGCACCAGGAGGGAGCUAAGAUGGCUGUCCGUCUUGCUGGCGGUCUCCAGAAGAUGGUUGCCCUGCUGAAUAAGACCAAUGUCAAAUUCUUGGCCAUCACAACAGAUUGCCUUCAGAUCUUGGCAUAUGGCAACCAAGAAAGCAAGCUCAUCAUUUUGGCUAGUGGUGGUCCACAGGCACUGGUUAACAUCAUGAGAACCUACACCUAUGAAAAGCUGCUUUGGACCACCAGUAGAGUCUUGAAGGUCCUUUCAGUCUGUUCCAGUAACAAGCCUGCCAUUGUUGAAGCUGGUGGCAUGCAGGCCUUAGGACUCCACUUAACAGACCAGAGUCAGCGUCUGGUGCAGAACUGCCUAUGGACCCUGAGAAAUCUUUCAGAUGCUGCUACCAAGCAGGAGGGUAUGGAAGGUCUUCUUGGAACACUUGUCCAGCUCCUGGGUUCUGAUGACAUUAAUGUUGUGACUUGUGCAGCUGGUAUCUUGUCCAAUCUUACCUGCAACAACUACAAGAACAAAAUGAUGGUGUGCCAAGUAGGAGGUAUCGAGGCCUUGGUUCGUACUGUUCUCCGUGCUGGUGACCGGGAAGACAUCACUGAGCCAGCAAUCUGUGCUCUUCGCCACCUAACCAGCAGACACCAGGAUGCUGAGAUGGCGCAAAAUGCAGUUCGUCUCCACUAUGGCCUGCCUGUGGUAGUAAAGUUGCUGCAUCCUCCAUCUCACUGGCCUCUGAUUAAGGCAACAGUAGGACUUAUUCGCAACUUGGCCUUAUGCCCAGCAAACCAUGCUCCCCUACGUGAACAGGGUGCCAUUCCCAGACUAGUGCAGUUGUUGGUGAGAGCACACCAGGACACCCAGCGCCGUACCUCUAUGGGUGGAACACAGCAGCAGUUUGUGGAGGGAGUUCGUAUGGAGGAAAUUGUUGAAGGCUGCACAGGAGCUCUGCACAUUCUGGCAAGAGAUGUUCAUAACCGAAUUGUCAUCAGAGGACUGAACACCAUUCCACUCUUUGUUCAGUUGCUGUAUUCACCAAUUGAGAAUAUCCAGAGGGUAGCUGCAGGAGUACUAUGUGAACUGGCUCAGGAUAAGGAAGCUGCAGAGGCAAUUGAGGCUGAGGGUGCCACUGCUCCUCUCACUGAGCUUCUUCACUCCAGGAAUGAAGGUGUUGCCACUUAUGCUGCUGCCGUUCUGUUCCGUAUGUCUGAGGACAAGCCACAAGACUACAAGAAACGUCUGUCUGUUGAACUGACAAGCUCCCUGUUCCGAACUGAACCUAUGACUUGGAAUGAGACUGGAGAUCUUGGACUUGAUAUUGGAGCCCAGGGAGAACCUCUUGGAUACCGUCAAGAUGAUCCUAGCUACCGUCCCUUCCACUCUGGUGGAUAUGGGCAGGAUGCUAUGGGUAUGGACCCAAUGAUGGACCAUGACAUGGGUGGCCAUCACCCUGGUGCAGAGUACCCAGUUGAUGGGCUGCCAGAUCUUGGACAUGCCCAGGACCUGAUUGAUGGGUUGCCCCCAGGUGAUAGCAAUCAGCUGGCCUGGUUUGAUACUGAUCUGUAAAUUGCUACUUUUUUUUUUAGCUGUUGUCUGAAUGAACUUGCAUUGUGAUUUGGCCUGUAGAGUUGGGGUGGGCAAGUAUCUUGGAAAGUGCCUGACAUGCUAACAAAAGUGGAGUUUCCUAUGGGAACAGUCUAAAUUGUUCUGGUCCUCUUUGGUUGGAGUAAACUGCAAAUGGAUUUUGGGAGUGGCUGCCUGUUUUGAAGGAAGUACACGAGUAGAUCUAAAGAUGGAUUUUAAAACCUAGUUUUUUCUUUGUUUUUUUUUUUUUAACCCUGUCUUUUGUAAUGGUACUGACUUAGCUUGCUUUAAACUAGUCUAGUCACCACUUUUUAUUUAAUUUUUUUUGCAGGAAUUUGUAUUUUUUAUUUUAAGUCUUGUAGUGUUAAAUUUGUAGUGGUAAUGCUCCAGCCAUUUCUAACUAACAAUCAAGUACUGGUGUAGAACACUAAUGCAUAAUCAAUUAAACUGUAUUCUUUAAUAGUGUGACAUUUAUGUAGCUUUUUUAUAAAACAAGUUAGAGAAAUGGUCCAAAUACAUUCUUUUUAAUGCUGAAAUCAGGUUUAACUAUUUCCAGUGUCAAAUUUGUUCCAAGGAGGGUGCACUUGGGUGGGGGUGGAUUGGGGCAGGAUUGACCUUUUGUAAAUCACUUAAGGUAAUUAUAUUAAAAAAAAAUAAAAAAUAAAUAUCCCAAAGUUGUAGCCUGCUGUGCUUAUGGAAACUUAGUUAUAAAAUGGCUUAACAAUAAAAAAUAAACCCAUGUA